AUGUCACCAGCCAUAAACAGUGAGGUUGUAGCUCAAUUUAAACUAAUGCAGUCUAUUUUGCUUUCCCUUCCUUUUCUUACCAGCAGAGGUGUUUCACCACUUCUUGCAGCAUCGUUGAUCCAUGCUGCAGUUGAUGAAGUCCUCCAAACAGACUUGACUGAAUUUAAGCAGCAAAGUGUGGAAACAGAAGAAGGAGAUGAGGAAAGGUUCACCUUGCUGGAUGGAGAGUCGUUGCAGCGCUGCUUCUUUAACAAGCUUCGGGAUGUUUGCUUUGAGUGGCAGAAGCAGUUGCCACCACUGAGACCACUGAAGCGGUUCCUGCUCGUUUCCAUCCACGCCAUCCGUAACACUCGACGGAAAAUGGAGGACCGCCACGUUCUGCUCCCAGAGUUCAAUCAGCUGUUUGGUUUAUCAGAUGACAUUGAUCGCGCUUACUUUGCGGUGUUUGAUGGCCAUGGUGGAGUGGAUGCUGCCAAUUACUCAGCAACCCAUUUACAUGUAAAUGUCGGGCUACACGAAGAGAUUGUUAAGAAUCCAGCUAAGGCCUUGAAAUGCUCUUUCCAGAAGACAGAUGAAAUGUUUCUUUUCAAAGCCAAAAGAGAGAAGCUGCGGAGUGGUACAACAGGUGUAUCUGCGUUGAUUGUAGGGAACAAUCUACACAUAGCAUGGCUAGGGGACUCGCAGGUAAUGCUUGUGCAGCAAGGAAAAGCUGUGACAUUAAUGGAACCUCACAAACCAGAAAGAGAAGAUGAGAGAGCACGUAUUGAGGCUCUGGGUGGUUGUGUAACCUAUAUGGACUGCUGGCGGGUUAAUGGUACCUUGGCUGUUUCCAGAGCAAUUGGUGACAUAUGUCAGAAACCCUACAUCUCUGGUGAUGCAGAUGGAGAUUCAUUUGAGCUGACUGGUUCUGAAGAUUACUUGCUUCUAGCCUGUGAUGGAUUCUUUGACGCUAUCAAGCCAUAUGAGGUUGUAGACUUGGUCCUAGAUCAUUUAAUGCAAACCAAAGGAGUGGGUCUCAAAGCAGCAGAAAGACUGGUGGCUGCUGCAAAGGAAAAUGGAUCCAGUGAUAAUAUCACUGUUCUAGUGGUGUUCUUGAGGGAUCCUCAGGACAUCUUGGCGGACUGUCUCAGAGACCCUAAGAGCCUUGGGACUGGUGAUGAUGCUCGGAGCUCACCCUUUAAUUUCCUCAGCUGUGAGGCAGCAGCCACACAGUGACAAAAUCUGCUUAAUCCAGAAUGUUCAAAUGAGUUCUUGUAAGGAACUGCUUUCCACUGAAGAAGCCUCUAAUACAGUAGGCAAAAUGUGUCAGGAGAAAAAUGACAAAUGGACAAACAGUUAAUAGGCAAGGCUCCUUUUACUGAGUUCCCAUUUGUCUUUUCCUUCCUUCCUCUUCCCUUCAAAAAACACUGAGCAGAUGUGGAAAUUUAUACAGCUAUUUCGUCUCUGGGAGCAGACUUCUAAAACGUGUCCCAGGGCUGCUGGUCAUAUCCCUCUGCCCUGGAAGUGGUAAGAAACCAUAAUAUGUAUAAGCUAAUGGGUGAGAACACCUGUUUGUGAAUUCUGAGUGAAAAUUUAAAUUGGCGCUUAAAAAGAGUGCUGUAUGUUGUAUUUAAUUGUGAUGUUACUUUGGAGAUUGGGAGGAGAGAAGCUGUCACCAUCACAGAAAAGCUUGUUACUGUGUGUGGUCUGUAGGAACAGGCUUGGUGUGCGAGAGCCUGGGUGACACCAUUGUGCUGUGUAAGUUGCUUUUGUUUCCUACCAAAGAUGAUAUUACAAGAAUGAUGUGGCCUCUUAUUCAGAGACAUUUAAUUUUGUAUGGAGAGGGGAAAACGAAACUGAAUGUUCCAGAAAAAGAGCAAGAAAGCUAACUAGCAAUAUCCCAGGCAAAAUGAUACAAAAUCAGCUGCUUUCUGGGAUGCUCUGGUUUAUAAACUGGAAUCCAAUAUUUAACUGCACUGGAUUAUUUCUCCCUAACGAACAUGCUUUAUUGGCUGUUUGGCAACUUGAAAAGAAAGGACCCUUAUUGUUGUAUUUGAGAGAGGUCUUUACAGUAUGUAUGCUCUAGCAGUUAAAUAUGCUCUGUUUCUGCCACUUUUUUGUGUACUAUAACAAAUGAGAAUUUUAUUUUUAUUCUAAGUGUUUAUUUGUUUAUUUACUGAAAUUUACAGUUGGAGGAAUUUUUUGCAGUGUUACUUUAUUUUGUUGUGGUUUUUAUUUAAAUUAGAAUUUUAAAGUGGCUGUGUCUUUAUUAUCUGGUUUUAAAAACUAACUACCCUCAAGUGCCUUAAAUAUUUCACCCAAGGAUUGCUGGCUUCCUAUCAUAUUCUGGUGAGCCAGUUCAUAGUGUUUUUAAAAUGUGACUUUUUUAUUUCAGUAAUACUAAUGUUUAAUGCACUUAAAUGUUCAUUUUUGUGAAUGAUUUCAGUGGGAACUAGGUUUCAAGAAAACAACUCUUUCAUUGUUGCCAAAUCUUGUGGCUUGUAGUAAAAGCUUCAUAAUACUUACUGUGACUUACCCCCUGCCCCAUGCAAAAAGCUCUAGUUAGUUAAUCAUAAAGUAACAAUCUCAGUCAUCAUGACUUUCAUUUAAAAACAAGUACACUUCUGACCUUCACAAGAAAAUCUAUUAACACAAACUAGAAACAGUUUAGUAACGGUUUUUGAUUAAUAGAUGGUUAAUUUGGCCAUACUUCAGGAACUUUUUGGGUCUAAAUAACUUUCUAAGGAGAUGUGAAGCUAAGGUGAGGAUGAAAGAAUCUUAAUGAAUGUGCAACUGUUAUAUCCAUUACAUGCUAGAGCCUCUGGUUGUGUUUUGUCUUGCCUUGCUAGCCUGGCUAGCAGGGCUUAACAAGAUCUGAAGGCUCAAUGGUAAAUGUGUUAGUAAUUUCUGUAUCUAAACAAGAAGUGCUUUACAUCUGGCAGCAAGAUUGUAUGUCUAAUUUAGAAGCACAUGGCAUUGCAAUAUGUCAGUCCUGUUGAUUAAAAUGUGUUGAACUUUAAUGUUGCUUAGGGAGGAAAUUUAGAUAGAAGAGUUGAGAUGGCUGAAAGGAAGAACAGAGCAGCACUGUUUGUCUAUAGUGUCUCUGAAUCGUUAGCUAGUGUGGAGCAAUGCAGUUACCCAAGUGACUUGAGUUUUUUGCUGGAUUACUAUGGACGAUCGUACAGUUUAACAUAGAAACUCCUCAGUGAGCUACCAUCUCAUUACAUAGCAACUCGGACAGUGACUUCCUUGUUUUGCUAUGCAACAACAGGAGCUUUUCCUCUGAGAACAUUUCAAGCACUUUUCCAUCCUACAUUUUGCUGUCCUGAAAUAUGUGGGGAAGGCUUUCUGUGAUGGCAGCCUGGUAGAGUAGGUGUUAAUUUUUGUAGUGAACCUCUUCAAUUAAGGAAGCCUUUAGAGUUGCAUAGUAAUCCCUUUGGAUUUACCAUCUCCUAUCUCUUUGAUUUCUAACCCAGAUAUUCAGUGUCAUGCUAAAUUCUGAUGACCACUAGUGCCUCUUGGUGUCUUGGAAAUAGUUCUCAUUAUUAAUAUAGUAAGAAUCAUACAGAAUUGUUUGAUUUCACUGCUAUCUGAGGUUUAUCAGGAGAGGGGGAAGCUAUUGUAUUCAUGAAGGAAGGUGUGAAAUGUUGGUAAGUUCAUAGUGUGGGUUUAGUUUCUGAAAUUUGCCAAAUUUGCUGAAACAUGGAGGGAACUGAACAAGCCAAAUUCUUUGUAAUGAUCCUUUUAUUUCAACCUUUUUGGGGCAGACUUGCAUUACAGAGGAAACAAAGUCUUAAGUCUUUCAGUAGAUACUUACAGCUAUGUGAGAAUAUCCUUUUUCGUUUCAAAUUUGAUAGAUUUCUUUUUUUUUAAUGGUAGCUGAGUGAAAUGGGCCUUUAGAAAGUUGUCUGUGGUAAUUAAAAAAUCUAAUUCUCAAGCUAUGCUCUAGGGACAAAAUUCUGCAUUCUGAGAAGCUGUUCCCUUAUAUAGGUGUUUUCAUUCUGAAUGACCUAGUGCCUCAUUUCUUUGAGAUGUAAGAGGAUAGGAAUAGCCUUUGGGAACUCAUACAGAUUUCAGUGGGGAUAAAAAAUAUUUCUCUGAUUUUCAGAGACUUCUUACUAGCUUUAAAAAGUCUGGUCAGGUCUAUAGGAGUUGUAACUGGGUAAAAAAUGGCAGUUUGUAUCCUAUCAGUGGAAUAAAUAAGUCUUAAUGUGUCAUCUACAGUAAAAUUCUGAAUACUGUUUGGGGGGGCAAAAUUGGUUUUGGUGAUGUCUUACGUAUUCUUGACAGCCUCAUCAAAACCUGUGGAAACUUUUUUUUUUUUUACCUGAAAAACCAUUUCAAUUUGAUGUUAAAUCAGUAAUGAAAGUAUGACACAGGAUGCAAGUAUGGGUUUUGGAAGUGCACUUUUAAAAUUCUAUUGAAAAUGGUCAUCAGGAUGGUCUUAUCCUUGGGAUCACAAGGCAACCUCCAAUUUUUGUUUCACUUGUGACUUUGGUAUCACUUUUAGAAGCCACCAGCUAUAAUGCAUAAUACUGUUACAAGAAGUGUCACUAGUAUGGGUGGUGAGGAGAGAGGGGAAGGAGGUCUAGCAGAAAAUAUGGAGUUGAACUAAAUAGUGCAAAAUAAGGUAUGGUGCUAUGCUUCGAAUUUACGGUACUAAUCUGCUACAUUAGCUUUUCUUAUCUUUCCUCUUAAAACUUCUUGGAUUUCUGGUAUUGGCUGUUCUGUUCUGUUUUCCAUCCCUCCUUUGGUUAAAAAUAAUAGGUAAUUUUGGUGAGUGAGUGCUCUCUCCUCUCUGGGCCUUCCCAGUGUCAUCUACAAUAUACUAACACUUGUCCACCAAUGUCAAAUCGACUAAUGACAAAUUGACUAAUUUGCCUGUUUCUUUGUUGUCUUUCUGAUGGGCCUGCAACAAAAACAAUUCUUGAGUCUAGCCAAAAUCUUUGAAGCUGUAGAAGUUAGCUGAAGGAUUCAAGACAAAUGUUAAAUGAAAAAUGAAAGUAUUUCCAUAUUUUAUUAGACUCCAAAUGAAUGCUGCUGCAUUUUAGCACCCAGCAUCAGAAAAAUUGCUCCUUAAAGGAGCCUGCAUUUUUAAAACAGAGCACGCGUAAAUUCUUGUAUUGUGCUUGAUUGAAAACUAGCUUUAGUCAUUCUGCUCAGUGGGUAUCCAACAUCUCUUUUGCUUAUGGGUAAUUCAUACUUCUACCUUUCUUUCCCUUCCCUUCCCUACCCCGCCCUCUCCUACAAAGAAACAUACCUAAGACAAUGAAGUCUUCUGGGUCUGACAUAGACAAGAUUACAGUUUUACAAAUUACAUUUGUUGGGGGGUUGGUUUGGGUUGUUUUUGAGAACACAGAGGAUAGAAAUGCAGGAAAAUUUUUAGAACAGAGGGAGAUUAAGUAAAAUCCACCCUCUGAGUGAUGGAGGAGUGAAAGAGAGAGACAGGAAUGCAUUUAAGUAUUAUUAAUGCCUAUUUUAAAAAGGAAGUGGGCUGGAAAAUAGAGCUACAAAUGUCAGUUCUUUAGAGUGAAAUACCAGUGCUUGAAAGAAUUAGAAACGCACCCAUUAAAAAGGCAAAAAUCAGAUGUAGUAACUCUGUCUUCAAAUAGCCAAGGAAGGAAUCACAGUAAAAGCAUCCGAGGUGACUUACUGUGACCCCUCAACACUGUCUUGGAAGCUAAUGCUACUAAAUGGAUUUUUCUAAACAUCUGUAUGUGUAAGGUAAUGCUAAGAGGGAGCAUUCGGUAUAUGCAGUUACUGGUCACCGUGCAACUGCUGCCAUGAGUAAAUGCCAUGAAGUGUGUUAAUGAAUCGAUACGGCUGGCGAGCUCUCGUAAGACGAGUAAUUGGGCAUGGAGUGGUUACAGCGGAGCUGGCAGUUGAAUAGUGUUAAUCACAGUGAUGAUUUUAAUAGUAUUUAAUAGACACUUAUCUGAAUUCAAAGUCAGAUGAGAUACCGCUCUUUUUAAAAGCAUUUCCAGUGCUAUUAGCUUUCUGUCAUGAAAAGCCACUAACAUUUCCAUUUUUUUGUUGGAUUUUGGGAAAAGUGCUUCUCUUGCUUUCUGAAUUCUGGAGAUAAGUUGGCUGUCUGCACUGGAAAACCCAUUUUCAGUUGAUAGCUUAAAGGAGCUGUUUGGAGUUGAAACUUCCCUCCCAGGCAAUCCUUUAAAAACUAACAAAAAGGUGCUUCCGAAACAAGUGGCUGAGGAACACAGGUAUUUCUAAAUGGCAUUGCGCAAAAGGUAACCAGCAAAUACCCUCAUCUGUAAAGGGCAUAGACAGUUAGUUGAGCUGCUUAAAGUCUAAAUUAAGAUUGCAGCUCCACUCUUUGCGUAAGCGAGACUCUGUUGGUUAAAUUACUCAUAUUCUUUUGGAUGCAGGUACUUAAUGCACAGCACCAGACAUGGUCUAUUUCUAUUCUUAUAGUACUGAAGUAUCAAGCAAAUGCUUUGGGGAGAAGGUGGGGGGAUAUUAGCCACAACAGAGCAGAUUGCAGAUGAUUCAUAUAUAAUUUAGCUCUAGUUAAGCCUGAAUUAAAUUUCCCUGCUUAGUUCUAUUACUGUCCCUUUUACAAUUGGACCUGUGCUGUCAGACAAAAUCCUACUAGGAAGUAAUGGUCCAUUCCCCCUUUUUGAGGAGCAAACAACUCCUGAUAGACAAAAUGUCAUUCAGGAAGGGUUGGAGAGGGAGAAAGAUGAGCUUUCAAAUGAGUGCAAAACUUCCCAAUCUACUCUAAGUUACCUAUUCGCUCUAAACACGUUUAUAGCAGGUCUGAUUGCAUUUGAAUAGUUGUGCCGGAAGGCAAUGGGUUUUCUGCCAAGCUAGUCAUAACCUUUAAAACUGACAGCACCAAAACCAAGAGGCUAGUCCUCCCUGCUUUCCUAAAUCAAGCCACUAAAACAGCCGGCCCUAUUGAGUAUUUGUUUUGCAGUGUUGACAGCUCUAAGAGCUAAGCCAGCCACUUUCUUCAUGUGUUUUGGUUUUUUUAAUACAUUUAUUGGAUUUUACUUUACAUAAAGUUAUUUCUGUUGAUAUCAAUCAUGUCAGCUGAAAAGUAAUCAAAUGGAGACAUGAGGGAGUGACUGGACCUGAACACCUAUCUGUCAUAGGCACUUGUUAAAAUACUACCUUAAAAUGAACUGGUAGGCUCUUGUGAUAACCUUAUCUCUGAGUAGAAGAGGAAACCAAAAUCUUACAGAGAAUCACUUAAACCUUUAUUUUGGUGUGACCCAUCAGAGCCUGAACACUCACAAGCCUUCCCCACAAGCUGUUCAAUGUUGCUAGUUUAAUGUGUUUUCUAAGCUGUGCAUACUGCUGCUGGUGUACACAAAAAUAAACAAAAGACAGCUGUGUUGGCAGCAUAGAAAAUUUAGCAAGAUGCAGCUUUUGUCAAACAGAAGAGGACAAAAUCAAUAGGAAAUGUUUUCAAGCUUCUUGGAAUGCAAACAAUGGAAUAAAAAAAAAGCAACCUAGUAGAGUUGGCAGUGCACUGUCGGCUUAAAACCACUGUUUUAAGCAAAUGAAUUUGGCUGCUUUGUAAUGUCUGCUUUAUUUUGUUAACAAACUCAUCUCAGUCAGGGUUUCAUGUCUUGUUGUUGAUAAGUGCUUUUUAGUCUGAAGAGAGAAGAUAUAUUUAACUUUCUAAGGAGCUGAAUGUAUCUGGGCUUUGUGACUAGUUAGAUUAUGAUUAUUGAAUUUUCUCUCAACUAUUAAGCCUGAUUACUAAUUUCCAGGACAUAUUAAUAUAGCAAGUACUGAACUUAUUAAUCAUUAAAUGGUUCUGGAUUUCCAUGAACAAGAACUUCAUCAGUCUUUCCUUAUCUAGCGGAUCUCUUCUUGAAGUUUAUUCUCAUUUGUGUGGCAAUACAUUAGGGAUGUGGAAGGUUUGUCGCUUUGGCAAAUGGAGCUGGAAGGUGUGACCAUCACUCCCUGCAGGAAGUGUUUAUCUUUUUAUCUAAGGAAUGAUGGUUCCUUUUGGAUGUCUAAGGAUAAAGAGAUCAUAGCUAGGAAACUAGAGAGAUCCUACGGGGACCUUCUCAGGGCAAUUAAAUACUAUGACUUCUGCUUUUUCAUGUUGCCCUUUCUAACUUCGUUAAAAAGCAUUCUGCUUAAUACUGGAUGAUUAAUGCUGCUUUCUCCCCCCCCCCUUUUUUUUUCUUUCAGUGUGUUUAAUAAUAGCAAGGUGUUUGUUUUGUUGGGGGUUAAAACUUUAUACUGGCAAAAAAAAGGCCAGUAUAAAGCUUUAAGUACUUUUAACUUACUUAAUUACUUUAACUACUUUUAACUUCCUCUUCUGAAAGUCAGUCCUGCUCUGUCUCCUUAUUCUCUUCCCAAUUUUCUUUUUCUUCUAUCUUUUAUGUCCUUUUACAUGGUCAGCCCCCCUCCCCAAAAUGCUGCUUCUUUGACUGUAAACUCCAUUGGCUGUUAAGUCAGUUUAGUUGCCACUUUAUAAUUUUAAUUUCAUCUGUGUUCAUAGUGAAUGUGGUCCAAUCUUUGGAGGCCUGCAACACCAAGAGUGUAGAAAGUACCAUGUCAGCUAGGAAGAUAAGAGACUACAACAACUGUUGUGUCUUUGGCAUUGACCAGUAUUGGACAUGUAAGAAGAAAAUCCCGUUAUUUGCAUGUUAUUCCAUAGGAAUACUUAAGCUUAUUUCAGGUAACAGUAGCUCUCAAACUGAAUACAGGACUUCAGAAAUACUCUUGUCUCUGUAUUUCCUUGUUCCUGCAGAUUGUUUGUGUUUUCAAACAUUUGCACUGUUUAGAGUGGGGAAAAAAGCUUUCUAACUUUCUUCACCUCUUCAGUUCUCUGUCUUUCUUGCCCUAGUUGACCGAACAGACAGGUUGGUAAUGGCAGCAUACCACAUGGCUAAUCAACCUCUCAGUCAGUGUAAUUCUUCAGUGUCUGCUCUGUACGAUAACUUCAAUCCUGUGCUUAUUUAGUGGUAAGUUAGACCUCUGUAACUACUCUGGCUGACUUAAAAAUAUGUGUUCUUAUCAGUAUUAAAAUAGUACAAGAGCAGAACUGUUGCUUUAGGCACAUUUCUUGCCACUGUGUUGGCUAACGAACCUUGAAUGAAAGUAAGAGGGCCAGUGACUUUGAAAUAGGAGAUGUUAGCCAAGUGUUGUAGAAUCGUAGUCCUUAUUUAUUUUGUAUGCUAAUCUGCAUUUGUGACCCUGAGCAGAAAAGCUGCAGUACAGCAGGUUUUAUAAGCUGUGGCUUAACCAGUUAUCCAGUAUCUUAAAAACUCUUAUUUAAGCUGACUGGUUUUGUGCACAGGUCAGAAACCUGUUGUCAUUGACCAUUAAAUGCUAUGCGUACUGUACAUUCAUUUACAUAGAUUGUUCUAAUAGUGCUUCUGUGUAUUAUGCUACAUUACCAUAUUUUUAUAUAUAUAUGUAUUGCAUGAGGUUUAAUUGUUGGGGUUUUUUUGUAUUGUCACUUUUGUAUUCACACAGUGCCUCAUGUAUCUAUUUGCAUAUUGCAAGAAGUUGUUUCAAAGCAGUGAUUGGAAAUAGGUGGGGGUAAGAACUCCCCACUGUAGGAUCUGAUGUUUCUGAAGUAUUAAUAAAGUAUAGUGAUUCAAA